AUGCCUCCGCGUGGACCGCGAAAAAAUGCUGUUUUGGAAAAGACAUCAACGAAUUCACAAAUGAACAUUCAUUCUAAUCAGAUAAGGUAUUCCUUUUGGGUUAAAUAACGGAGAAAACAUUAAUUUAGUGCCACAAUGAGCGGUGUAACAGUUUCAAUACAUCCUAAUUGGCCGGAUAUGCAAUUCACACAAGGGGAGCUUUUUUUCGAGUGCACACUGUUUUUAUAUUCGGUUUUGGCGUUGUUCCUCCAAUAUUUGAACAUUUAUAAGACAUUGUGGUGGUUACCAAAGUCUUAUUGGCAUUAUUCAUUGGUAAGGCUUGUUUUUCUCGGUAGUAAUUCAGCCGGAUUGAAGAAAUUUCAUCUUAUAAAUCCUUACUUCCUGUCGUGCGUGGGCUUGUUGCUUGGCUGGAGAGUCACAAUGUGUUUUUGGAAAAAGGUUUGAAAAAUAAGUUAGUUCAAAUUCCAGUUUGACAUUUGAGAUCAGCGAGAUCGUUGCAACCCUUUCUGCUAAUAGAUCGUCUUUUGUUCAGUCAACGUUGAUGGUUAUUGAAUAUGCAAUUAUAAAAACACCUUUGAUGACCCUAAUCGUGACCAGUUUUCUUUUCAGGUGCGUUAAUUUUUUAAUGAGCAGUAAAAACUAAUAUUGCGAAACUUAUAGUUAGACAACAAGUAGGAGUUGGAAGUUUUCGCGCAAACGUUUAUAUUGCGAACUAUUUAUUCCAAUAGCUUUUACGAAAGCGAAUGAUGUUGAAAAGCUCGUUUAAUUCGAUAUUGCAGUUUUUCUCGCGUUUGCAACGAUUUCCCUUCGAGAUCAAUCAUGUAUUUUUUCUGCCCGUGAGCGUCGCAGUGCUUUUUAUGAACUGAGACUUCAGUUUUCAGCUUUAUUUUCUAUAUCGGCUUUUUCCGUUGCGAAAUCUGGUGGCGACUGAUGCGACUACGAACUCAUCUUUCUGUUUAUUUAGCAGGAGCCAUAGAUAUAACAACGGUAGCCCUUAAAAAGAUGAAUGUUUCAAUCGUUUCUUCACAGCUCUUCGAGCGAUUGCUCGAUCCAUUGCCUACUCAAAUUGAUCUUGACUCGGUUCUGCACAUGUGCAGUGAUAAACCAGGUUAAUCUCGCACUUUGCUCUUGAAUGAAUCAACUUCAGAGCAAAUUCGAGCCGAGGUCGACGUUUUGAUCACCGAUUGUGUUUUGCGAGUGAAAAGAAGUUUGUUCGCCGGUAUUUCCACGGCUCUUUUGAGCAUUCUCCUUCCUUGCGUUUUUGUUCCUGUAUGUCAUUUGAACUUUUCCUUUUGUAGGUUUGAGAUUUACAGUACAAAACGUCGCUAGGAGUGCCGCAGAGUAUUUUGAUAAACGAUUUUUGGGAAUACCAACUCGGAAUGGUUGUGGGACUGACGGCCUUUUCCCUGUACUUCACUUAUCUGCUUCCUCUCAACUAUCUCGAUUUAUUGCAUAGGUUGGUAGAGUUGCCUGAUUUGAUCUCGGUGGCAAUCUUCUCACGUAUUUCAAUUAUUGUAUAAUAUUUUAAACUUUCGUAAAAAAAAAAUAGAGAGAAACCAUUUUUAGCGCAGAAAGUAACUUUUGAAAAGUUUUUUUCUAGGGCUUCUUUGUCUAUUCGCUUUAAAAUUUUUUUUUUUUUAAUUUGAUUUUCCUGCAGAUCAGCUGUACAUCUUGGAACUUGGCAACAAGUAGAAGGACCAAAAGUCGGCCAAACUGGAAGCGCUAAGUUUGAUUUCAUCGUUGUUUUUCGGGAUGAUUUUAUUUGAAAAAAUUUCAGCUGGGCUCCCCAAAAAUGGUAUUCUUUUUGCCUGUAUAAUGACGGAGAAGUUGUUCAGAUGCCUGAUGGAAGGUAAAUGUCCAUUUUAACCCGAAAUUUGCAUCACUUUCUUCUUUUUUUUUAGGUGCUAUCGGGCUAGAGCAUCUGAAAUUGUCGGUACUGUCGCGGCAAAUCCUGAGGACUCUCAGCAUUUCAAUUUUUUCGUGAGUUUUGUUCUAUCGUUUUUUUUCUAUAGUGACUGAUGAAUCUUUGUGAAAAAAGUCUCCAACCAUAUUUUUCUGUUAUUUUUUCUCUCAUUAUUUCACCAUAUCUCUUGAAAUUAUUUGAUCGGUGAAAAAGAUAGUUUAAAUAAGUUUACGAUACGCCAAACCCGAAAAAUAGUGACGACGUCAAAUUUUUUGAUAAGACCUUUGUUUUUAAAAAUCUUUCAAUGGUAUCAGAAUGAUCUUCAGCCAAAGCAAUGUUAAUUUCUCUGAAGUAUUUCUCAAUUUUUCCGCCUCAGCUUUUUAUCAAAUUAGUAUAAGACUGAAUAAACUCUCGGGUGAAAACGGCCUAAAAUAAAUGCCUGUCAAAACAGAGAAAAUUUUGAGCUGGAGGCGCUUAAAGCGUUGAAACGCCUCCAGAAGCUUAAUUUGAGCGAGGUUUAACUGGUUAGAGCUUAUUCUGCAUUCCGCAAAAUAUUCAAAUAUCCCAGGAAAAUGUUUUGGAAGGUUUGACACGACGUGAUAAGUGCAUUGAAGGAUAGCAUCAUUACCAAGAAAUAUUUUUUUCAAACUAGAAAAAAAUCGUAAAAAUGUCCCAUUUUUUUGACAAAUCCUUGUUUAAAAGUUUUGUCGCCAACCUCACUCCUGUAGUGCAUUCAGAAUACUUUAGUGACCAAAGUUGUUUGCAAAAAAACAAACCUUACAAUCAGGAAAAACUAAAAAGUUAGAAAAAAAUUAUGGUGCGCCAAAAAAAUUUUUAAAGAAUCCAAAAAAAGCCAUAAAAAAAUUUUAUCUUUGACUUUUUUUGAUCAGACUUCCAGAAAAAAAAAUUUUUUUGUUUUGUUUGUUUAUUGAUUUAAAAUUAAGAUGGCCUGCCAGCGUCCAAGCACCCUCAUCAAUAUAAUGUGCUUCUUUGAGUUCAUGCUCAUUUUCACGCAGUUUUGGAUGCUGGUGCUCACUAACGACUGGCAACAUAUUGUCACUUUCGUAUUGCUCAUGUUUGCGAACUACUUGCUCUUUGCAAAGCUUUUCAAAGACAAGGUUCGAGUCUUCCUCGUGAAUUUUCAGUCCUCGUUUAAAUAUUCAGAUUAUUCUUGGCCGAAUCUAUGAGCCUUCGCAAGAAGACUUGUUGCUAAUUCAGCAACUUCAAGAUGGCCUCAACCAGAAUUUGGCUGCAUCUGCUGCUGCUGCGCGAUAG